AUAUAGGCAAUAUUGCGAUAUCAUUACGAUCAUCGAUGGACCUUGAGGAAGAGCGUGCUACAUGCAUAGCCAGAAACAAAGCUAAGUUAGCAGAGCUUGGUCUUUUGCAUUCACCUCCCCAGUCCAACAAAAUUACAAGCACUGGAUUGAAAUCCCGCCGACUUCGUAGAAGGAUCGACCAAGCAGUGCAGCCGGCGGUCGACCUUGUCCGCCCUACAUCACGGCACAGUAGGAGAGAGGUCACAGCCAUUACAGGAACUGUUACCACUGAAGAGUCCGAGGAAUACUGUGAAUUGAAAUCAGCACAUGAGCGCAUGGAGGCUAUUCAGAACGUUCCUGAACCUAGUCAAGGUGACCUUCCUGGCCUUCAAGGCAUUCCAGUGGAGGUUCGGGAUAUGGCAUCAAAAAUAGGCUUCGAAAUCGGCUGUAGGCCGUUCCAGCUGUUCUACAUGUUCAGCACCCUCUACGAAAUGGGCUUCAGGGAGAGAGACCUUCUUGACCAGCAGCAGGUCAACAGGGUGAGCCUCAAAACGUUCAAGGAGAGAUUCAAGCCCAAGAUGGUACAUGUGGUGCCACCAAAUCAAUGGGCUUGAGGCAGCCUUUAAGGCGGUUGCCAACCCAAACCCCCGGAAGAGGAAGAACAGCUGGGAUAGCCAAGAAGGAGAUGGGGACGACUACAACUCAGCAUCCAAGAUCUACUUGAAAGUGACCGAAAAGGAGAUUGAGGACUUCAUGGUUACGCUGGGUGGGCGAGACAGAACCGUGGCUGGCUUCCACUUGGACUCAGAAGCAACCGACCAGGACAUACAUGCACCUGUCGGGAAGUCCCUGAUUGAGAGAUGGAACAACUGCAAGAAGUGGAUUGGAAAUCUACAGCAGCAGGCCAAUGUGGAGGAUGCUUUGAGAUUCAACUCCUUUGGAGCUGAUGAAGAGGAGUUUGAGAAGUACCAGUCUUCACAGUCGCACCUGGAAAGCUUGCAGAAGAGCUUAGGGCCUCUAAACAAUGAAGAUGACAAGUUCGUCUUCAUUGUUGAGGGCAAGGACAGUCCUGUGCUCUUAGCUGGCGGUGUGGUCUUUGGCAGUCUUGAAAACACGGACAAGGUGUCCAUUUUCAUUCUGCACAGGGUGAACAACAGCAAGAAGACCUCCAUGGUAUUGCCCAGUGGUACCAUUAAGAUUGGCAAGGAGCUCAAGAAGCACACGGUCGUAGAGCUUCCACUGCAGAGCCUACUUGGCAGAUUCAGCAAGCAGCAGGUCAAGGAGUGGGCUUUCUCCCAUGGCUGCACAAAUGUUCUAUGGAAUGACUCCAUGGUCCAGUACAAGGGCAAGCUGGCGUUGGUUGCUUAGAGAGGUUCCUUGAUGAGCAGGGAUACAGAGCAAGUGGGCAGCUGCAGUCUAGAGCUAUGUGGUUCAGUGGUGUGUAGUAGGUGUUCACUAGGAAAAAUGGAAGCAGUGCAGUAGUAGUGUGAAACAGGUCACAGGUGAAGGUUGUUGAAGAACAUGUGUGUAUAAUUGCAUGCCAAGAAAAGGUACUGCUGUUGCUGUGAUGAUUUUGGUAGCAGCCUCCAGACUUGUAAAGAAUAGAGACAAUAGAUGCCUGUACAGGCCAGCUGGCUGUGCACUAUACUGCACAAUUCCACAUGAUGAGCAAGUGAGGUGACCAGGGCGACCCAGACUGUUGUGUGUAAUACAUACAUAUGUAUAUAAUUCCUGACGAAUGUGGUUUUGUGCCUACAAAUGCAGUACAAGCUAUCCCCAAUGAUGGCAAAUAGAUGCUGAUGGCAUGAAUAAUGAAGUCAGACAGCUUUCCAAAAAAAAGAGAAUGUGUGAUUUAACAGUGGACAGGGAUCAUGUAAAAGCUCAUAACAU